AUGGUCAAUGCAUAUCCACCAAAGAACAUCCAGUUGAUGAACUCGUCGUCAUAUUCUCAGCAGUCUUCAGUGCGUGCUGGGGGUAGUCCAAUCACCGUCACUUUUCUCGGCACCGCGUCCGCCCAGCCAUCUUCAACAAGGAACCAUUCAGCUCUUGCUCUACGACUAGGCUCCGAUGUCUGGCUGUUCGACUGUGGCGAAGCGACCCAGCAUCAGCUGCAACGGAGCGCCGUCAAGAUGGGUAGGAUUGAGAAAAUCUUCAUCACACAUACCCACGGCGAUCAUAUCUUUGGCUUGCUACCUCUGCUGGCCUCGUGUCUAAAUGGUGCCGGUGGACAAAUUGAAGGCGCAGACGAUCCAAGGACGCAGCUGAAUAUCCAGCAGCCGCCUUUGGAGAUAUAUGGUCCGUUGGGCACUCGUGCCUAUGUUCGUAAUGGCCUCGCAUAUACCCACUCACUCCUAGGGAGACCAUAUGUUGUCCACGAACUCCGUCUUCCUUCGGAUCCAGCAGAGGGAGACUUCACCUCAAUGCCCUUGCUUGCGUCAGAGUCGCCCACCGGUCGAAAUAUACAACAGACCAACCGAGUCUGGUCGGACAUUUACUUGGACUCCGUCCUCUCAGUCUCGGCUGCAUCCAUCUUGCAUUCAGCCCCUUGCGUGGGCUAUGUUGUUACCGAAGCCAAGGUCCCAGGUAAGGUGGACCCCAAAAAGUACAUCCCGGAUUUGAAGAGAGCGAACACGUCAGUGUCCAUCAUGAGGCAGCUGCAGCUAGGCCAAUCUGUGCAGCUCUCCGAUGGCACCAUCCUUCACGGUCCCCCGCCAAAAAAUGGUCGCAAAGUCGUCAUACUUGGGGAUACGUACGACCCAUCCCAGAUUGCAGAAAUUGCUAGAGAAGCAGACCUGCUCAUCCAUGAAGCGACGAACGCCCAUUUACCCGGCAUCGACGAUGACACAAAGCACACGGACACCUAUGAAACUGUCCAGGCACGAGCAAUAUCAAGGGGACACUCUACCCCACAGAUGGCAGGCAGAUUUGCGAAAAAAAUCGGAGCCCGACGUCUCGUCUUAAAUCAUUUUUCCUCAAGAUAUCCAGGCAAUGACGACAUUGACGAGGAUGCAAAAAAGGUCAUGGAUGCCAUUGCUCAGCUGGCACAGGAUGAAUAUGGCGGUGCGGUAACGUGCGCGCGCGACUUAAUGAGUGUAGAUAUUCGCCAUCCAGAAAGCAAAGCAAUAAAAACAUAG